UGCGAGGAGUGGGGUAACAUCUUUCCCGUCCGUUUGACCAUAGGGUAGGGUAGGGAGCAAGAUAACCGUUGUUGCUCGAUAACAGCCAAACUGGUCCGUGGACCCAAGUGAAGUUUACCUGCACAUGUCUUUGCUUGUGUGAGACGCAGUUUGCUGUUGGGCUUAUUGUGUGACCACGGAUGAGAGAAUUUUAGAAAUGAGUCUGUAAUUUAGGAUGACAAACUAGCAGGCUACAAGAUGAUGAUAGCAUUUGCAACCUUGCUGUAACUUAGCAAAAAUUGGGUUGUUAUCCCCGCUAGGCAGUUUGGUGGAUUUAUUUGUCUGAGCAGCUGUAACAACCGAAGCAGUGUCGUCCUGAGCUUGGGCGAAUCAGUUCAUUGUCUGCACGGAAGUGCUGCAAAUCGAUAAAAUUUCUACAACUUAAAUCAGUAACAGCCAUGUCAGACGAGCGCACCGCCCUCCUGAUCCAUAGCGUGUACAGCGUUGCCGGCGACUCCGCGAUGUCCGACUCGGGGCCGCAGGGAACGGACGCGGGGAACCCAGGCGGCCCCACCGCUACCCCGCGCAGCCUCAACACCUUCUUCGGCGUGAUCGUGCCCACGGUGCUCUCUAUGUUCAGCAUCGUGCUGUUCCUCAGAACUGGCUUUGUGGUCGGUCAUGCUGGUCUGCUCCAGGGCCUGCUCAUGUUGGCUGUGGCCUACUUCAUCAUCUCUCUGACCAUCCUGUCUAUCUGUGCCAUUUCCACUAAUGGCGCUGUGGAGGGCGGUGGAGCUUACUUUAUGAUCAGUCGGUGUCUAGGCCCAGAGUUUGGGGGCAGCAUCGGACUCAUGUUUUACCUGGCCAAAGUGUGUGCAUGUGGCGUCUAUGUGCUGGGACUGGUAGAGGCCAUACUGGACAUUUUCGGGCGGGAGCCAGGUGCCACGGUGUCGGAGGGCUUGCGGGUCCUGCCGCAGGGUUACUGGUACACGGUGCUGUACUCUGCGGUGGUGCUGCUGCUCUGCCUCGUGGUCUGCCUGGUGGGCGCCCACAUCUACUCCCGCGCCUCCUUCCUCAUCCUGCUGGUGGUGACCGUCUCGCUGCUGUCCGUCUUCAUCAGCACCUUCAUCGUCCGCCCACGCCACUUCCUCAUCAGCCACGAGUGCGGCGCCAACAGGACCUGCGUCUACAACGCCAGCUACACGGGCUACAACUCCACCACGCUCAGAAGCAACCUGGGGCCGGGCUAUUCUCGGGAUUACAGCACCAACACUGUCAUGUCCUUCGCCACGGUGUUCGCCGUCAUGUUCACCAGCUGCACAGGAAUCAUGGCCGGGGCAAACAUGUCUGGAGAACUGAAGAACCCCAGCGUGGCGAUUCCGUGGGGAACCAUCUCUGCAGUCCUCUACACCUUCACUGUCUAUACGGUCCUCUUCAUUGUUGUCAGCUCCACGUGCGACAGGUCCCUGUUGACCCAGGACUACGGCUUCUUCCAGCGUAUCAACGUUUGGCCACCCUUCGUGAUCAUCGGGGUGUACUGUGCCUCCCUGUCCGCUGCCAUGUGCGCCCUGAUUGGAGCUUCCCGAAUCCUUCAUGCCCUGGCCCUGGACCAGCUCUUUGGUUUGCCAUUGGCACCAGCAGCUAUCACCUCCAAGUCGGGGAACCCUUGGGUGUCAGUGGUUUACACCUGGGCUCUGGUGCAGUGUGUGGUUUUUGCGGGGCAGCUGAACUUCAUUGCCAGUCUGGUCACAGUCUUCUACCUGCUAGCUUAUGCUGCUGUUGACCUGGCCUGUCUGGCACUUGAAUGGGCUUCGGCUCCAAACUUCAGGCCAACGUUCCAGUUCUUCUCCUGGCACACCUGCCUGCUGGGCAUCCUCAGCUGUCUGGUGAUGAUGUUCGUGAUUAACCCUUUCUACUCCUCCGCCAGCAUCGUCCUCCUCCUCCUCCUGCUGCUCUUCCUCCACUACAGGUCACCCACCAGCAGCUGGGGCUAUGUCAGCCAGGCACUCAUCUUCCACCAGGUGCGGAAAUACCUGCUGAUGCUGGACGUGCGGAAGGAGCAUGUGAAGUUCUGGCGGCCACAGGUGCUGCUGAUGGUGGCCAACCCCCGCUCCUCCUGCCAGCUCAUCACCUUCGUCAACCAGAUGAAGAAAGGAGGGCUUUACGUGCUGGGUCACGUGCAGCUGGGUGACCUGGAUUCCCUGCCCUCGGAUCCUGUCCAACCCCAGUAUAACUUCUGGCUGAGUCUGGUGGACAAGCUGGGGGUGAAGGCCUUUGUGGACCUGACACUCUCUCCCUCUGUCAGACAGGGAACCCAGCACCUGCUACGAAUCACUGGACUGGGAGGCAUGAAGCCCAACACCCUGGUUUUGGGUUUCUAUGACAACUGUGUCCCAGAUGAUUACUUCCUGCAAGAUCCUGCAUUCUCUCAGGGGACAGGGGGACACAAGGAUGGUGGUGGAGGGGACAAUUUCGGGGUGGACCUGCCCUCUCUGCAAGCUCAUUUCCCCCCUGUCCGUGACGUGGAGACCCCGCACUGUCUGUCCGUGGAGGAGUACGUGGGCAUCAUCUCCGACGCCAUCAAAAUGGGCAAGAACGUGUGCCUGGGGCGCUACUUCUACCAGCUGGAGGGGGAGAGCAACGCGGUGAAGAACGACGGGGUGGAGAGGACCAUCGACGUGUGGCCGCUCGACCUGCUGCAGCCCGGGAGCAGCAGCAGCUACGUGGACGUCUGCAGCCUCUUCCUGCUGCAGAUGGCGUGCGUGCUCAACAUGUCCAACAGGUGGCGCCGCGCCAGGAUGCGGAUCUUCCUGUGCGUGGAGGCCGCGCUGGGCGACCAGGGCUGGAUGGCGAAGGAGGAGACCCUGCGCGACUUGCUGAGGAAGCUGCGAAUCCGGGCCACCAUAAAGAUCGUGCAGUGGGAUGCGGUAGUGGGGCUGCACGGAGGGGGGAGUGAGCAGCGUGCCCCCAACCCGGGAGACGGGGGUGUAGGAGAGGAGGGGCUGGGUGGCGGGGCAAGGGCGCUACCUCACCUCUCAGAGAGCUUCCUGACAGGAGUGAACGGCCUGCUAACGGAACACAGCGCCCAUGCUGCUGUCCGCUUCCUGUAUUUGCCCCGCCCCCCUGCUGCCUCCAGCCAAUCCCAGCAGUACUUGGCCCAGCUGGAGGCUGUGACACAUGGCCUGGGCCCCACCCUCCUCAUCCAUGGUCUCACACGGGUCACUUGCACUGAGCUCUGAAGGUAUGUUUGUGUGUGACAGAGAGAAUCGCAAACCAGUUCUACAGCUUCUGCUGUGUUGACACAGUACUGAGAAUGACAUUUUGUUUAACUUUCAGUUGAUCAGGAAAUGUACAGGUUGCUUAAAAUCUGACUGCCCUCUGGCAUCCACUUAUUUAAUAAUAUGGUAAUUAAAAGCUGGCUGUUCUUGCAACAGUAGCAUUUUUUUCAGUGGACGAUGGAUUUGACUUAACCACACACACAUGUAUACUGAUGAAUUAUGUCUACAGCCAGUUUGGGAUCUUUUUAGCUGUAAAAAGCUAGAAGAAAAGCUUUAAAUGAAAUUGCAUCAUCCACAGGAGUAUGAGGUUCAUAUGUGGAGCUUUUACCGCAUGUCUGCACUUGUCUACGUUGUGAAUUGUAAUAUUUCUCUUGUUUAUCUUUGCUUGACAUGUAAUUUAUGUUCUGUAAGGUAUAGAGGCAAUCUGUUACAGGCUAGGAGGUGUUUGACUUUAAACCUUGGGAAAAAUGUUUGUUCAGACAUGCUAAGCUCCAUUGGUUCCGACACCACCCCAUCAGUGACAUUUUAGAAGAUGUUUUGGCCAACGAUUAGAAAUCAGUGUUGCUUUGGAGAAACAGGAGGAGAGGGUGGUAGUAUCAUAACCCCUUUUCUAUUCUCGGUGCCUUUUUAACUAUAAGGCACAAAGGAUCAUCAUAUCAGUGAUUAGACUGGGAAAGGGACCUUGUAUGUACUAAAAAUUCUUUGAAAGGUGGACACGGUGACCUGUGUGCGGUCACGACCAAUGGUGGAUGCUUAUUGCAGGUACAUUCCCCAUUGUUUUGCAGUAUACAUUCCCAGUUAAUUACUAAGUGCAUGUAGUGCUAUUGCUUCUCUCAGGGUUUUAUUCUCAAUAUUAUUGAUAACCUAUGUUUUUGAGUGGACCAAACAAAUGUUUGUCAGAUCAUUAACUAAGCUGAGUCAUGGAUCCAUGCUCCUGUCAUUUUCAAAUACAGGAAUAGGUUUAGUUUCAUGGGUUUCCCCAAAGUGGUGAUAUCCACACCAGCAGACAGCAGAAUUCUGGUGCUGAUGAUUUUGCUGUGUGUGACGGUGGACCCGCCUCAUCAUCACUCUAGUCUGUUAUGACAACUGAUUGUCAGAAAGUUCACAUGGAAAAUCAUGUGCCCCUUGAUGAACCGUUACGCAAGCUCUCUUGGCAGUGACAGUUACACAUUUGAAAGUUCUCCUUUUUACUCUAGGACAGCGGAUUCAUCACCCCACUAGCGCUUCCUAGAAAUGGGCUUUGGCCCCAUUUAUGCAUCGACCAUUUCUUUAUAAUAAACAUUUCACUUCGGUUUUGGAAGGAAUACAGGUUUGUCAGAUGUGGAUAAUUUUCCCUAAAUGUUCACAUUCCUAUGGUUUUCGCUAGUUUACUGAUAGUGUGUUGCAUUGGACCUUAUAGACUUAAUUUGAAAGUGUUACUUUGUUGUUUGUUACACAAGCCUGCACAAAGCAGGGUCUUUGUUGCAUCAUGCAGUGAUCGUUGUUGCUGAGAAAGAGGGAAAUAUUUUUCUUGUGGCAGGUAUGCAAGAUGGUAAAUAGAUUGAUACAUAGGAAUACCUGGGCUUAAUAGGUCAUGAAUACAACAAAUGGUAGUUUAACAAAAACAUACUAGUGCUUGCAGAUGAAUUUUCAGCCUCAGUAUAAGAGACAAUAGCUAUUGACAGCUUGCUAUUCGCAUAAUUUAUUUAGCUAGCUGGCUGAAGUAAAUUGUCAUCUCUUUUUUGGAGUGUGAGCUAGUGGGGUAACUGGGCUGACAUUAGCUUGUUGCAGUUGCCUCAUGUGCAAUUGACCACAACAAAUGCAACAGCCGUUUUGAGGAAAUUGCAACCUUUAUGAACCUUUCUGCCACAAUUUCUCAGAAUGUCAAUUUUGAAAUUUUACUUUUCUAGACGUAAACAUGUCACAUCUUACAGUACCGGAAGAAAAUCACAGGAAACAAUGUAAUUGUUUUAUUCACCCAGUGUUUCAGAACAUGCUUUGUUAAUUCUCUGAUUUAAUACUGUUAGUCCUCAAAUAUGAAAGAACUGUCUCACCAUCAACAAAUGUUCAUUAUGCAUUACGAUACAUCACCUCUGGCUUUAAGUGAUCAUAAGUAUUAUGUAUAAUCAUUUUUUUACAUUGUAUCUGAGCAUACCCAGGAUAGGAGUACAUUAAGGGAGAAACAGGAGGUAUUUAAAUAUGGGAAUGGGUUUUCUACUGUAUGCUAGUUGGCUCCUGUUUUGGAAAUUUGAAAUUGUGUGUGAGAUAUGUUUUGGUUGGCACAGUGUAAACUCAGGUCCGUUGUAAUUAUUGGUUGUGUUUAUCUCUUUUACUGCUAUGCUUUAUCUACCUCUAUGGGUUAGAAACGGAACAUAGUCGUGCAGAUUCAGCUGCUUCAGUCAAGCUUCAUCCUUAUUCCCUAAAGGCCGCUGCUUGUAGUCUUUUGUCCCGAAAGACCAGCAGGGUUUUUUUCCCAGCUAUCUUUGAAACCAGAAUGAUUACUUCAUUUGGGUGGUUUGGUAGAUUUGGAAACCUGCUGGCCAUUCAGGGACCAGAUGAAAAUCUCCUUUUUACAUGAAUGCUGUUCAGUUUGAGAGAGUCUAGGGACGAACACAAACCAUAGCGCACAGCUUUAUCAAGAAAGGGAGAUCUCCCCUCUGAAUUUGGUUAAGCCCCCCCCAUAUGUUCGAUCUGGAGAUAACUCUGGCACACCUGUAAUGAAAUUCAUGUCUCAUGGUGAAAAUGCAUCACUUUGGCUUAAGAACACACAGCGUAAACUACGACUGUAAACUGUGACUAGCCAAGCGUAUGUUAUGGGUGUAUGGAUGUAUCUGUGUUUUUCUAUGUGUUCUGCAUGCAGGUAUGAGAGCAUUGUUACACUUUUUUGCAAGUGUUAACCAAAA